GCGGUGCGCGGCGCCGGAGUCGGAGCAGACGUCACGGCAGCGCGGUUGCGAGCAGGACCUCGCGGGAUCGCGUCCCUCACGGCAACACCGUCUGUUCGCGCAUUGCCGCCGCGGGCCCGCCGUCGGACAACGGGGGAUCGCUGCGCGGCCGCGGCUCCGCCGCGAGGGUUUAGCGUACCGCGCGCGCGUGUGUGUGUGCCGCUCCACCGGGAUUUCGCGCACGGCACCUCGUCCCACCGAUGAGCGAGCGGCCGAGGCGCGAGCGCGCUUCCACCGAGGGUGUCGCGCGGCCGUCGCGGCGAGACAGGCCGCGGCCCAGGCUUUAAAUUUAAAGACGGUGCGGAUAGAGGAAUGACGCUGGAGAAUCCGUUCUUCGUCGUCAAGGACGAGGUGUGCAAGGCGUUGACUAAGAAUCGCGGCUUGUACGGGCGCUGGAGCGAGCUACAGAAUGUCGGGAUCGCCUCGCCGACCGGCGGUAUACCACUGAGCGGCUCGGCCGCAGCAAUCUCGCGUACGGAUGAACUCGACUGGACCACCACCGAACUGCGGAAGGCGCUUCGUUCCAUCGAGUGGGACCUCGACGAUCUCGAGGACACCAUCUGUAUCGUUGAGAAAAACCCAACAAAAUUCAAGAUCGACAACAAGGAACUGACCGUUCAACGGAGCUUUAUCGAGCAGGCGCGAGAAGAGGUCAAGAUCAUGAAGGACAAACUGAACUUGAGCAGGAGCCGGGAUCGCGACAGCACGGCGAGACAGCCACUCUUGGACAAUAGCCCCGCGAGAGUACCGGCCAAUCAUGGCACUACUAAAUACAGCAAGCUAGAAAAUGAAAUAGAUAGUCCAAACAGACAGUUCAUCAGCGACACGAUGCAUCAGCAGAAUGCCAUGAUAAGACAGCAGGACGAACAGUUGGACAUGAUCGGGGAGACAGUCGGUACACUAAAAACAGUAUCCAGACAAAUCAACAGUGAACUGGACGAACAAGCUGUGAUGUUGGAUGAAUUCGGGAAUGAGUUGGAGACGACGGACUCCAAGCUGGACGCUACCAUGAAGAAGAUGGCCAAGGUGCUGCACAUGAGUAAUGGUAACUAUAACAAUUACAUUCCCGCCCCUACUACCCCGGUGACAUCCAGCGUCGCCGAUCUAGUUUCUGAUAACAAACCCUCCUCUCUCUCCUCCCUCUCCACCACAAUCGCCAAUUGUUUUCUGUGUUCCAGCGAUUAAUUAUCGUGCUAAUUGCUCUAAGCCUUUAGAAACAAUUCGAGGAUACCAAUAAAAGAUAUUGUAACUGCAUUUUCAGAUUUCAUUUUUUAUUUCCAUUGUUUUAAAAGUACAAGCAAAAUAUAAAACGCUAAGUAUUUACAAGUUGGAACAUAUACAUAUAAAUACAUGUAUAUACUCAUAUACAUAUACAUAUAUGUAUGUAUGUAUGUAAAUAAGAAAAUGUAAGUGAUGCUCUUCAAAAGUUACAGUACUUUUUAUUGACGUCAUUGAAUUGUUUUUGAACAAUUCAAUUAUUCUUUAGAAUAUUUAUUUAGAUGAAGGAAAUGGUUAUUUAAAAUCUGGAGAGUAUAAUUCUAUGCAUAUAUUUGUAGCACAAAUUUGAAUUUUAUGUAAUAAACACAAUUUUAGGAAUAUUUAGAAAUUUGAAGGAGAGAUACAGCAGUCUCUCAUUAAAUUAGAGAAAUGUUGUAUCAGUUUUAAAUUUGAAAACUAUCAUUGAAGAAAGGCAGAUGUUGCACAUGAAUAGCCUAUAUGUAAUGUAUGUAAUAUAUCAUUGCAAAAUUAGCUGUUGUAUAAUCUGAACUAAUAUCAUUCGUUGUAGGAUUAUUUACUAAAUUAUGUCUAAAUUAUUUUUAAGGUAAUGAUUUUUAUCGCUUUUUGUACCGUUAAUUCUAUUGCUUUAUAUUUUAAUGUAAUGUUUAUUGAGUUAUCUUGGUAAUAAUUUUUAUAUUAUUAAUUAAUACUCCUUUGUGAUUUAAAAACCAAAAAUCUUUAAUAAUUUUUAGUAAAUAAUUGUUACAUGGAUAUAAUAAUUAAAUACUUAUUGGCUAGCAAAUAUAGCUCUUACUAAUAAAUAAUUGGUAACCAGUCUUGACAAAUAAUAUUUAAUAGUUAAACAUAAUUUAAUAGCAA